AUGUUGUUUAGCGACUGCUUCAUGCGCUUGCCGCCCACGACGGCGGUUCUGCUUCUCAGCAGUGUCUUCACUCUCACCGAGGCCGGCGCUCUUCCUCGCCAGACACAAGCACACAUUGCCCUACGGACACUAGACGUUCGUGACUGGCCACUGGCCACGCCAGCACCAUGGCUCGGCAUGAUGAGGAGGCAGGAAGACAGCAGCACGAACACCAUCUGCGGCUACGUCGGUGGUGACCCGAACCUUCCCGCGACAUGUUCCGCCGGAUCUCAUUGCGCCAUGGACGCCUCCGCCUCCGCCGUCGGCUGCUGCCCGAACGGCGCCGCCUGCACGACGGGCGUCUAUACCAGCUGCGUCGACGACAGCAGCCCGACCCAAACAGCAUCGGACCCGUACAUAUUUACAUGCCAGGGAUCCAACGUGUGCUACCGCAACUCCUUUGAGGGAGGCGCCUACCAGUAUGGAUGUGGUUCGACAACCCAGGGUAACACUGUGUACCCCACCGCUUCGGGACUCAGCACAACGGUCUCGAUCACCGAGAUCUCGGGCCUCGUCACAAGAGCGGCGACGUCAUCGUCGACCAGCUCUUCCAGCAGCUCGAGCACUUCGUCGACAACCUCCACUACCAGUUCGAGUUCAUCGCAAACCAGCUCUAGCUCUUCGACAAGCUCAACCUCAAGGUCGUCGACAACGGAAUCAGCGAUGCCCACCGCCGAAGCUUCCUCCCCGCCUUCUUCCGCCGCUGGCCCGCCGCCCGGCGCGGCCGCGGCGCUAAGACGCCACGGUGGCAUCAUCGGCGGUGUCAUUGGCGGUGCUGCCGUCUUCGUCGCCAUUGUCUCGAUGGCUCUCUGGAUGCGCAAGCGCAAGCGCGGUAACCAGCGUCACGGACCUGGUGUUGGCAAGGGCCCGACCUAUGUUCCGGAGCCCAACUCCAAGGAGUUUGCUCCCGUCCCUGGCGGCGAGAUGAUGUUUGAUCAGGCAGGCUACGGGCACCCAUCCAUGAUGCCCGGCGCCCACGGCACGACCACCUCCAUCUCGGGAGGCAAAGCCGCCACCACACCGCCGUCGUCCGCUCCCGGGGCUAUAACCCUGCCAGCGAACGAAAUCGACGAGUUCUCGCAGGGCUACCACGACGCCGUCACCCCCGGGCAUGAAGAGCACCGCGCAACAAGUUCGGGAAGCAACACUGGCGGGAAUCCCUAUGGCGCCGGCGCCGGGGCGAAUUCCGAGCAGCAGGCCGAUGUAGCGGACGAAAGGCCGCUGUGGCAGCAGAACCGCAGGCAAAGUCGGAACCUGAGUUGGAUGUGA